AUGUUUCCACCAGGGGAGCGUGCUGCAGCGUAUUUUGGCAUCUUGACAGAUCAAAGUGCACAACCCCUCGUCAGUUCAAGCAUCGAGCCAUUUGUUGCUUGGCAGAGUGGAGAGGAGUUGAGCAACGCCUUCGACCAGGGCUUGGAAGCUGUGCAGCUGCUGCACACAGAGUAUGCUGACCUGCUCUCCAGGUUGCGCACUUCAAGGGAGGUCCGAACAGACCGCAGUCGCGUGGCAUUCUCCCUUGGCACCGUCUUCAUCCACAAGAAGUUCGGAUACAAAGGUGUUGUUUAUGGAUGGGACCAGGAGUGUGAGAGGGACCCCGCUUGGGCUGCAGCAGUGCACGCCGACCCCACGCAGCCAUUCUAUCAUGUCCUUCCUGACGAAGACGACUGCCAGAGGAUCUUUGGAGCGGUGCGCAUCUCCAAGUAUGUUGCCCAGGACAACAUGGAGCCCCUGCUGGUGCCUCACCGCGUGAAUCACCGUGCGAUCGCGCACUAUUUUGACAGCUACUCCCCUGACCUCCUCCGGUAUGUGCCGAACUCUCGCCUUCAGUACGAGUACCCCGACAACUAUGAUGCGGCGGUGCAGCAGAGCUGCCUGGAUGACAGCAAUGUCCUGGAUGGGCCGGACAGAGAGGGAGAGCACUACCUUGCUGGGGGCCAGGACCGAGGGGACGAGGACGCCCAGGCACAGUGCAGCAGGGACUACCACUGA